ACGGGCAGCUUGUGCAUAUCCCGCGCUAAUGGACGCGGGCUCUUUGGCCACACUCGCCUGCAAUAAGAAGCCCACCACACUGGCUGCCCCACUUUGCAUCUAUCCAUCCCGGCCGAUCCGACUCAUUGCUAUAGCUAGCUGCACACACAAAUUGCGGUGGGCUAGCUAUUGCUGCUGUUCGUUCCCGGCCAUGGGGCUCUGCCUGUCCGUGGCUGAGGCUCUGUGGAAGGAGAAGGCCUUCUGCGCCGACGGCCGUCGGACCUUACGCCGCGUCGACGAGGAAGAUCAAGAUGUGGUGAUGCGUUGCGGUGGCUCCGACUACCGUCUCCUAAGCGACGGGGCGUUGGAAGAAGCGGCGGCGGCGGCACCGCCGAGGUCUUCGGGCGUACUGGAGAGGGCCGGCGGCACGCCGGCGCGGCCGAUAUGGCAGAGGAGGGUGCUGAUGGGCGUCAAGUGCCAGCUGCCGAGGUUCAGCGGGAUGAUUCUGUACGACGAGCGCGGUCGGCCUGUGUGCAGCGGCAUUCGGGACAGAGCUCGUGACCAGGAGAAGCAUGCCGCGGCUAUUAACAUGCUGAGGGACGCGCUCUAGUCUAGCCACUGUCCGGCCGCCGGGCAGCUUCCGGAGCCGACUCUGCUGCUGCUGGCCGGUCAUAGUUAACUGUAUUGUGCGUAUGUAUUUUCGAUUGGAUCAGAUGCGUUGUGUGUUUCACUUGCAAGGGAAGUCCAUGUCUAUAUAGAAGCUCCUCUUUAUCAUGGUAUCAUAGCUAGUCAAGUGUUGCUUUGUCGAAAUUAUAACGGAGAACUCUAAGUUUGUGAUUCGGA